ACAAUUUCGUUGCUCUAUUUAUGCUCAUCAAAGCCGAGACUUGCAGUGCCACAGCGCAAAAGAUGGCAACGCCCUGGAUGCACUGCCUUCUCCUCUUGGUGCAACCGCUGCUGCUGCACGCGCCUGGCGUCGCUGCCAAAGUCCCGGCGCUCGUCGUGUUCGGUGACUCCUCCGUCGACACCGGCAACAAUGACUACCUCCCGACCGUCGCCAGGAGCAACUUCCAGCCCUAUGGUCGCGACUUCAACGGCGGGGUGGCCACCGGCCGCUUCUCCAACGGCCGCCUCGCCACCGACUUCAUAUCGCAGGACUUCGGCCUCCCCGACACCGUCCCCGCUUACCUUGAUCCGUCGUUCGAGAUGAAGGAUUUCGCCGCGGGCGUCUGCUUCGCCUCCGCCGCGACCGGCUACGACAAUGUGACCUCGGACGUGCUCUCCGUCCUGCCACUGUGGAAGCAAUUGGACUACUUCAAGAAGUACCAAGAGAGGCUGAAGAGCUUCCAAGGGGAAGCCACCGCGCAGCAAACCAUAAGCCAGGCUCUGUACAUCAUUAGCUUGGGAACGAACGACUUCCUCGAGAACUACUACGCCUUCUCCGGGAGGUCGUCGGAGUACACCGUGGACAAGUACGAGGAUUACCUCAUCAGCAUCGCUCGAGGGUUCGUGGACGCCCUUUACCGUCUCGGCGCUCGCAAGGUGAACAUCGCCGGCCUUCCUCCCAUGGGGUGCUUGCCAUUGGAGAGGGUGGAGAAUCUGGACUCCUGCAACAAGGAGCACAACCAGGUGGCCUCAGAUUUCAACGCCAAACUCCAGACUAUGAUGGCCGAGCUUAGCCAAAAGCUGCCUGACGUCAAAUUAGCCUACAGCAAUCUGUACGACCCGUUCAUGGACGUCGUCACCGACCCCACAUCAUACGGAUUUGAGAACGCGGUGUCGGGUUGCUGCGCGACGGGAUUGUUCGAGAUGGGCUACAUGUGCAGCAGGAGGAGCCCCUUCACCUGCACAGACGCCAACAAGUACGUGUUCUGGGAUGCCUUCCACCCGACGGAGAGGAUGUACCGUAUCAUUGCUGAUCGCCUCAUGAACACCACCUUGUACGUAUACAAAUGAUUGUUGUGCUUCAUGUAGCUGCUACGAUCAUGGAUCGGUGGCUCUGAGGACGAAUGCAACAUCCAUCACUUAUGAA